AUCGGCUAUACCAGGUAUCAGUCUUGUGCCGGAUCCCGCUGCCACAAUUCGUGAUUUUGCGCCUCUAAUUUGACAAUUGCAUAGCAAUGUCUUUGGCAUCGUUGGGCAUCAGUGCCCUCUUCAUGGUCGGCUGCUGUGCCGCCGCACAAAUUGCCCGCUUCCUGAGUCAAAGGUUGGUGACCCGGGAGGGUAUCGUGCCCACUCUGAUCAACGAGGCGAUCGCCGCCGCAGAGCUAUGUGCCUGCUGCUUCGAGCUUAUCAUCGUGGCCGACAACUUCGGAGUAUCCACGUACGCCGUCUGCCUGUUUCUGCUGACCAUUUGGUGGGGACGCGUUUGGGGCGAUGCUUCUGCGUGUCCUUACACCCACAUGGAGGAUUUGGUGGAAGGACGAACCAGCUUCAAGGAGAUGGCCCUGCGUAGUUGGGCAGAGUUGAUGGGCGGAUGCUGCGUCUAUCGAAUCGUCCAGGCCUUUUGGUGGCUCGAGCUCGCCGAGACCCAUCGAGGUCGCGCGUUUGAGGCUUGCAAUGCUGACCUCCAGGUCAGCCCCUACGUGGGAGCGGCCAUCGAGGGAGUGGCCACGCUGCUGUGCCGUCUGGCCUCCAAGGCCAUCGGAGCCAAGGAGCCCAGAUUUGGCAGCUACAUCGAUUCCUUCAUCGGCACCAGCCUGGUGGUGGCAGCCUUCAACUUUUCCGGCGGAUACUUUAACCCAGUCCUGGCCACUGCCCUCAAGUGGGGUUGUCGUGGCCACACAAAUCUGGAGCACAUCAUUGUAUACUGGAUUGGCGCCUGUGCCGGGGCCAUCCUGUCCGUUCCCAUCUUUAAGUUGGGAGCGGUGAGGAGGAUUCUCAUAGGAGAGGAGACUGGCUCAAAGGCCAAGAACGAAUAGACAUUUCUAAAGUGGAUAAAGAGGCUAUUGAAAGACCUAAACUUCCCCACAUCACACCCACAAAAAAUACUUCAAAUACUUGGUCUUGAAGCUAUUAAUUUUAUUUCACAUUUUAGCUAUUAAUGAACUAAUGAUGAACCUGGCAAGUUUAAAAAACAUUGUUUUUAAAAGAAAAAAUAGUUUUAUAAAAUUCAAGGCACAACCAUUAAAAAUACUAUGUCUCAUUAGUUACUGUUUAAUUGAUAAAAAAAAACCUCUGUUAUAGUUACUCUUAUAGUUAAUUUAUUGGUAGUAUAUUUGGUUAAUUUAAUAAACUGUUUUAAAUCUA